UAGCUACGGGUUUGGGAGCUACGCCCCAACAUGAAGUGAGAGGCUUGGCCCCGUGAAAGGGCUCCCAGAGAGCCCCCUCCUUCCUCCUUAACAAGCUGGUCAGCAGUGCAGGGAUUAGGAAAGCCAGCUCCGCUCAGGGACUACAGACACACCGGGGAUUGAAAUAAGCGUGAAUCAUGCCCAUCGUCAUCUGUGUCGGCUGGGAGCGGAGCCGAAAUUGUGAAAGAUACGGAUAAUACUAGGAGGAGGAGGAGAGGUGGAAAGAGUCACGCUCCCAGGUCUUCCUUGUGGAAAAUGCCUCAUCGGGGACUCCGCUGCUGCCGCUCGGACCCGUCGCAUUAUGCCGCCCACCUCUCAUGUGUUUUAUUUUAAAGAAGAAGAAGAAGACGAAGAAGAAGAAGCAGUGACCUGGAUAAGCCCGAUAAGAGCCGCAUAAACGGGCAGAAAACGUAAGGGCGUGUGGGAUACACUUCCAAUAAAUUGCGGGGGAUUUUCAUCGAGAGUUAACAAGAAGGAGAAAAGUUGUGGCCGCUUGCUGGUGUUUUCUAUAAAAAAAAAAAAAAAAGGAGCAAACAUGGGGAACGCAGGGAGCAUUGACCAGCACACCGACCACCGACACAACAUGCCCCUGAAACUGCCCAUGCCAGAGCCGGGGGAGCUGGAGGAGAGGUUCGCACACGUUCUGAACUCAAUGAAUCUUCCUCCAGACAAGGCUCGACUGCUGCGACAAUACGAUAAUGAGAAGAAAUGGGAACUAAUCUGCGAUCAGGAACGAUUCCAAGUGAAGAACCCGCCGCACACUUAUCUCCAGAAGCUAAGGAGCUAUCUAGACCCUGCAGUGACACGAAAGAAAUUCAGACGGAGGGUACAAGAGUCCACCCAAGUCCUGAGAGAACUGGAAAUUUCGUUGCGGACCAAUCAUAUAGGGUGGGUGAGGGAGUUCUUAAAUGAAGAGAACAAAGGCCUGGACGUGCUGGUGGAGUACCUUUCAUUCGCGCAGUACGCCGUCACUUUUGAUGGCGACUGCUUGGAAAACAAUACAGAUGUCAUGAUGGACAAGUCCAAGACCUGGGGCCGGUCCAUAGAGGAUCUGCAUGGAGGGGGUACCCUGCCAGCCAACAUCACGGGGAACGGCAUCACUCGUGGCGGCCGACACUCCACGUUACGUAGUCAUCUGCUCUUUUGUCCGCCACUCUUCGACAGCAGGAUGCCGGGUUCGUUCAACUGUCCAAAGUUUACUCAGAUGAAACGCUGCAGCACUCUGCCGAGCAGGAGAACGCUGAAAAACUCCAGACUCGUCUGUAAAAAGGACGACGUCCAUGUUUGCAUCAUGUGCCUGCGUGCCAUCAUGAACUAUCAGUACGGCUUCAACAUGGUCAUGUCACACCCACAUGCUGUGAAUGAAAUUGCACUAAGUCUCAACAAUAAAAAUCCACGAACCAAAGCUCUGGUGCUGGAGCUCCUGGCGGCAGUUUGUCUCGUGAGAGGAGGCCAUGAAAUUAUUCUCUCCGCCUUUGACAACUUCAAGGAGGUAUGCGUGGAGACGCAGCGGUUUGAGAAGCUUAUGGAGUACUUCAAGAAUGAAGACAACAACAUUGACUUCAUGGUUGCAUGUAUGCAGUUCAUCAACAUUGUUGUGCACUCAGUGGAGGACAUGAACUUUAGAGUUCACCUACAGUACGACUUCACCAAGCUGGGCUUGGACGACUACUUGGACAAACUGAAGCACACAGAGAGCGAUAAGCUCCAGGUUCAGAUCCAGGCCUACCUGGAUAACGUGUUUGACGUUGGAGCGCUGCUUGAGGAUGCAGAGACCAAAAAUGCUGCCCUGGAGCGAGUGGAGGAGCUGGAGGAGAACAUGUCGCACAUGACAGAGAAGCUGCAGGACAUGGAGAAUGAAGCCAUGGCCAAGAUUGUGGAGCUGGAAAAACAGCUGAUGACGAGGAACAAGGAACUUGAAGCCAUUAAAGAAGUCUAUAAAGACUCCACCUCGCAGAUUCACUCGCUGAGGCAGAUGCUUAAGGAGAAGGAUGAGGCUAUCCAGCGCCAGAGUAAGCUGGAGAAGAAGAUCCACGAGCUGGAAAAGCAGGGGACCAUCCGGAUCCAGAAAAAGGGAGAUGGAGACAUCUCAAUCCUGCCUUCUUCGCUGCCCGGGAUGGAGGGUCUGCCGGGUGCCAUGGUGGGGGCAAACGGGACGGCUGCAGGAGUCGCAGGAGGCAUGUCUGCUGUACCUGCUCCCCCUCCUCCACCUCCUCCGCUGCCAGUCAACGGGCAAUUGCCAAAUGGACCAUCGAUGGAAAUUCCCACUGCAGCUGCCCCACCCCCACCGCCGCCACCCCCUCCACCGCCACCGCCGCCCCCCGGCCUCCCGUCAGAGACUUCUGCCCCUCUGCCUCCUCCACCUCCACCUAUGGCGCCCCCGCUUCCCGGAUGUGGGACGCCCACUGUGAUCAUGAAUUCAGGAUUGGCAGAGGGACCCAUCAAGCUUUUCUCUGUUAAGAUCAAGAAACCCAUCAAGACAAAGUUCCGCAUGCCUGUCUUCAACUGGGUCGCCCUGAAACCAAAUCAGAUCAACGGGACCGUCUUCAACGAGAUCGACGACGAGAGGAUACUCGAGGACCUGAAUGUUGAUGAGUUUGAGGAGAUGUUUAAGACUAAAGCUCAGGGCCCAUCCAUCGACCUCACCACGAACAAGCAGAAGGUCACUCACAAGGGACCCAACAAGGUGGCCCUGCUGGACUCCAACAGGGCAAAGAACCUGGCUAUCACGCUGAGGAAAGUGGGCAAGACGACCGAGGAGAUCUGCAAGGCCAUUCAGCUAUUCGACCUGCGGACUCUGCCAGUGGAUUUUGUGGAGUGCCUGAUGCGCUUCCAGCCCACCGAGAACGAGGUCAAAAUCCUGCGGCAGUUCGAGAAGGAGCGCAAGCCUCUGGAGAGCCUGACCGACGAGGACCGCUUCAUGAUGCAGUUCAGCAAGAUCGAGCGGCUCAUGCAGAAGAUGACCAUCAUGGCCUUCAUCGGAAACUUCAGCGAAAGCGUGCAGAUGCUCACGCCGCAACUUCAUGCCGUCAUUGCGGCGUCUGUGUCCAUCAAGUCGUCUCAGAAGUUGAAGAAGAUUUUAGAGAUUAUUUUGGCACUUGGAAACUACAUGAACAGCAGCAAAAGAGGAGCAGUGUAUGGAUUCAAGCUGCAGAGUUUAGAUUUGCUUCUUGAUACGAAGUCAACGGACCGGAAAAUGACCUUGCUGCACUACAUCGCCAACGUGGUCAAAGAGAAAUACCCACAAGUGUCUCUGUUCCACAACGAGUUGCACUAUGUUGAAAAGGCAGCAGCAGUGUCGCUGGAGAAUGUCCUGCUGGACGUUAAGGAGCUGCAUAGAGGCAUGGAGCUGACCAGGAGAGAGUACAGCAUGCACGGUCACAACACCAUGCUGAAAGACUUCAUCACACACAACGAGAGCAAGCUGAAAAAGUUGCAGGAUGAUGCCAAAAUUGCACAGGAUGCCUUUGAUGAGGCUGUGAAGUUCUUUGGAGAGAACUCUAAGACAACGCCGCCGUCUGUUUUCUUCCCGGUGUUUGUGCGAUUUGUGAAAGCCUACAGGCAAGCGGAGGAGGACAAUGAGCAGAAGAAGCGGCAGGAGCAGCUCAUGAUGGAGAAACUUCUAGAACAGGAGGCUAUGAUGGAGGAAGACCAGAAGUCUCCCUCCCGUAAAAGCAAGCGGCAGCAGCAGGAGCUGAUCCAGGAGCUCAGGAGGAAGCAGGUGAAGGACAGCCGGCAUGUCUACGAGGGCAAAGACGGCGCCAUCGAGGACAUCAUCACGGAUUUGAGGAAUCAGCCUUACAGGCGAGCGGACGCCGUGCGGAGGAGCGUCAGGAGGCGCUACGACGAUCAGAACCUGCGGCCGGUGAACAAUGGAGAAGUGGUCAUGUGACGAGGGGAAACAGAGGAUGUGCAGGAGAGGAACGUGGAUGGACGGUGGGACGGAAAGUCCGAUGCAGAACGAAGGAUAUCGGGUGUUUUGUAGCAAACAACGGGAGGACUAUACAUGUGCUAAUGUCAAACAAUGAAGGACUGAGACGUGUUUGGGACCGAAUUUAGCGUAGAAAUCAAGCCAAGUGCCUGAACUUUUUUGUUUUGUGAUCUUUUUUUUAUCUUCUGUGUGAAUGUUUUAAUUAUCCCCACAAACUCCCCCCGGUACCCAUAAGCAAUACAACUUGAGUUGGCUUUAAUGUUGAUAAGAUAUAAAACUGGACAUGCAGUGGCCUUAGGAGCCAUGUGAAAGAGUUAUCCUGGAAAAGCUACCUUAGAAUGUACUGGAGGUUUUUUGCCCCUUUCCUCUGUUUCUUAACUUUUGACACAUUCCGGUGCUCUCGUUCAUUCCCCACAAACCUCUUUUUAAUCAUCUCAUUCUUCUUUUAAUAAAUCGGGGUGAGCUGGCAUGAGGAAAGUGAGCAAAAUGUAUUUAAGACUAUAUUUUUUACUAAAAUAUGUUUAAAAAAAAAAAAAGAAAAAAUAUGUUGGAAAAAAAAUAGACCACUCUAAUGUGAACUGUAUUUAUUGCAGACAUCUACGUACUUUCUACAGCGCCUGGCAAAAGUAUUUGUACUGCUUAAACUUUUUGUUUUUACUUGGAAUUUAUGUUCUAGAUCAACACAAAGUGGUGUAUAGUCGAAGGACACUGAAGCAUGGCUUUAGAAAGAAUUUGACGUAAAAAUCUCAAAAGUGUGGCAUGCAUUUGCUCUCAUGUGCCUCAGGCAAAUUCUUUGUAGAGCUAACUUUAGCAGCAAGUCUUUUGAAGCAUGUCUCAAGCAGUGCAACGUGUCAAUUUUUAGACGGUCCCUGCUUAAGAAAAGCAUCCCACACAAUAAUGCUGCCACUACCAUGUGUCAGACUGGGGACAGAGUUCAGGGUUUUGGUUUUCCACCACAAUUUUUAUAGAAUAAGAUAUACUUUAUUGAUCCCCAAGGGGAAAUUGCUUAUUUGUUGAAAGCUACUCCUACUCCAACUUAGGUAAU